GUGUUUACCACCAAACACAUACGACCACCACAUUCAUCCAUCAUGUCGAGCAACUGGCUGAAGCUUUUGCAGAAGCAGAAACAGAAGCAGAAGCAGCAAGAGCAGAAACAGCCCGCAGCAAAGGACGACGUCUCGUCGCAUCGCCAUAGCAAGAGUGCUGCUGCCGGCUGCAGCAGCAGGAAAAGCCAGGGCAGAAAGGCCCCGAAAAGCGUGGUGACCAUGAGGACGCCGUUGACGAAAAUAGCCCGGGACCAGGCAGAGGCAAAGGUCGAGGCCGCACACAAGGCGCAGGCCCUCAGGAAGGCCCUGGUGCUCUCACAGCCGCUCUCGGACCGCCAGCAGGAGGUAGGGAAGUACCUAGCCAUGGACUGCGAAUUCGUCGGAGUUGGGCCAGGAGGCGUGCAGUCCGAGCUGGCACGUGUUUCGAUCGUGAACUUCCACGGUCAUGUCAUUUACGAUGAGUACGUCAGGCCGAAGGAGAAAGUCACCGAUUGGCGAACGUUUGUCAGUGGUAUAAGGCCUUCGGACAUGCACAAGGCAAUCACGUUCGACCAAGCACAGCGAGAUGUCGCACAACUACUGAAGGACAAAGUUCUUGUCGGGCACGCUAUCCACCACGACUUAGAGGCUCUUUACUUGACCCACCCAAAGCAUUCCAUCAGAGACACAGCAAAACACACUCCUUUCAAAACGAAAUAUUCCAAGGGUAAGACCCCGGGUCUCAAGAAGUUGGCCCAGGAAAUCUUGGGUCUCGACAUCCAGUCGGGCGAGCACUCUUCCGUCGAAGACGCAAGGGCUACCAUGCUCAUCUACAAGAGUGAUAGAAAAAGUUUUGAAGAGAAGGUAAGGCCCACUUAUCAUAAUAAAUGAGAACUGCUCUGUACCUUUCUUUUUGGUUUUUCUUUUCAGAAAUUUCUUUUCAAUUCGUUAAUAAAUACUUUUAUACAACUGUACUAGUCAUCUUUCCAUAAAUAUAGACAUCUUUAUUCAUACGUACAUCUUUGCAGAG